GUACGACAGUAGAGUCCUGGAGGCCGUGGGGGCGGCAGGCAGCCACAACAGUGAGCGGCUCCACUAUGGUAGGACAGUUGUGACACAGAUGAAGCAGAGAUGAAUGACUUAACACGUAAGGUAGACGCCUCCUUCUCGCCCAAAUCUUCCCCCCGAGGCUCCAGAUCACCCAUGGCAAACCAAAUGCUGUCGAGAAAUGAUUCUACAGGUACUCUUAAAAUGACGAUCUCCGCUGGGAAACAUCCUGCAGUGGUUCACUCAGGGCCUUUCUACUUGAUGAAAGACCCAGCUACAGAAAAUGAACUGACAGGUGCAACAAAUCUAAUGGCCCACUUCAACUUGGAACAUUCCUACAAUAAGUUCACAGGCAAAAAGGUACGAGACUCGUUAUCGUCCUUCCUGCCAACUCUCCCUGGCAUCAUUGACACCCCAGCUCACCUCACAAACUCGUCACUCCGCUCGCUCAUUGAAAAGCCGCCAGUCUUCAAAGAAUUUACAUUACUUAAUCAUCACCAGCUUGCUGCCUUCCGUCUUCACCCUGGUCCUCUACCUGAACAAUACCGUUUCAUGAACCAGCCUCCAGGGCAACGAAAACACAGGAAGCACAAGAAAAAUAAGUACCGACAGGGUGAGACUCCUACCCAGGAUGGUUCAGCAGAUGGCGCCGACAUGCAUGAAAAGAAACACAAAAAGAAAAAGAAUGAUGAUGAUAAAGAAAGGAAGAAGAAAAAGAAAGAAAAGAAAAAGAAGAAGCAGAAACACAGCCCAGAGCACCAAGGGGUUUCUGGAAAUGAUCCUAAUAGAAUCACACUAUGAGUAAAUUGAAACUGGCAAAUGAUUACUGCCACAACUUACAAUAUUUGCGAGAGGAACAUAUUUUUAUGUUUUUUAAACAAAUCUUGCUGAUAUGAGGUCACCCAGUUUUUUAACAUUUAGAAAUAAAGCUUGGAAUAUAUUAUUGACAAAUAAAUUGGCAUUUUUAUUUCAUUGUUAUAAAAUCUCUUAUAUCAGCAUUGCAACUUCAGUAUUGCAGCACUGUAUGAUACUGUACAUCAGAAUGGAAAUAAGCUGCAUAUUGAAGAAAAUAUAUAAGUUCUAUGAUUCAUGUUAAGACAUGAGGUGUCUGAAAAUACAUAAUUAUGAUA